AUGCGCAUCGACUAUUUCUUUAAGAAAAGUUCCGAACGAAUGAAGAAAACCAUUUUACAAAUUCAUCAGAGCAGCAACAGCUCAUUCUUCCAUAUCAACGCAUCUUCAAUUACUGCCGGGAACAAUAGGAGCAUCAUCACCAUCAUCAUAAUCAUCGAGGACGUUACCAUCGAUAGCAACACUACCGACCACCGACACCACUACAUCCAUCUCUACCACCACCACCAACAACACCACCACAACAACAACAACGACAACAACAACAUCAGCAGCUGGAAAACCAACAAGACUACAGUAAGAAAACAGGAAAUAAGAAGAAUUAGAGAACCAGGAGAAAAUUCAAUAUUUUUAAGAACAAACAACAACAACAACAACAAGAGCAACAAAAGCAGCUUAACAACAGCGAUAAUCACAACAACAACAUCGCCAACAACAACCACAGAUUUAAGAAACAACAGCGACAGCAUCAACACUAGAUGCAGAAAUAAAAGAAGUAAAAAAAACACAUUAAAGAACACAAGACGUGAGAUUUACAACAACUGCAAAAACAACAGCAGCAGCAGCACUUGCAGCAACAACGGCAAUAAUUCUGCAACCAGGAUUAACAAUGUUUUACCGUUUUGGAGGAAUACACUUUUGGCUACUCCUGUUACCCACCAUUACCGACAGUUUGGUUAUGCCAAUAAUUCGAAGGAUGGCAAUAACUUCAGACAUUCGCUAUCGUUUCGCCACAACCCACAUCUCUCUCGAUGUUGGCAACACACAGAAUUACACAGAAGACUUUCACUUCGAGACUCAAUUACCACUUGGAUCUUUAAUAUCCAACGUUAGCUUGUAAGUCUUGCGCAUGCUCUUUUGA